CAUUGAUAUUUGACAUUCUAGAAAAGUAUUAAAAUAUGGCUAAAAAAAAUUUGGAUAAAUCAGGGAAAGUUCCUGCUCCAGCAAUUUCAACAACAUCUGCACAGCAAGCACCAACUACACAACCCCUAUCAAUUCAGGAGCCAAAGAUCUAUAAUAAAAUACUUUCCAGUGAUGAAAAAAAAGCAUUGUUUGAGAAGUAUCAACCAAACGGAAAUUUUGAAAAAGAUUUCACAGAGCUAUGUUUCUUGCUCGAUCUUCCAUCAGUUUGUAGUACUCUUGACUCCACCCAUUUUUCAUCUAAAUCUGUUGCAAUUGCUGACAUAAGCAAAAAUAGAGAAGACAAGAAGUUAAUUCUACCUCAAGAUGUUAAUUCAAGUGGCAUUAUAUCUGAUAAAAAUAAAAAGUUAAAAGUUGAUAUUACUGUUGAGGAUGAUGGUGGCAAAAAAGUAGUCAAAGAACUGCAUGUGAGGGGAUGGAAGUUAGAUAAAAAAUUUGUUACUAUUUUAACUGCAACUAUACCUGAUUUGGAGAAAAUUAACUUGAUUGAUUUUUGGAACACAGGACUAGAUGACCACACAUUAAAUGAUUUGGCAAUUUGUCUUAAUACAUUGACUUCACUUCGAACCCUUCGGUUAGAUGGUAACAACAACAUAAGUAAUCAAAGAUUCGAUAUGUUCAUAACCGAGAAAUCAGUUUUACAAAACUUAUCAUUGAGAUGUUGCAAUCUGGACGACUCAGCAGCAAAGCUCAUUUCUGAUGCACUUUUAAUUAACAAAUCACUGCUUACAUUAAAUCUUUGUUUUAAUAAGAUAACUGAUAUUGGUGGCUCUUAUAUUGCAAAAGCGUUGCGCAUGAAUAGAAGUUUACUAUCUUUAAAUCUUGCAAGUAAUAAUAUAUCUGAUGAUGGUGCUCUUAGUUUUUCUCAGUCAUUAUCGACAUUUCCAUUGACUCAUGAGCAAGUUGUUGCAAGGCGCAUGUUACUUUCAUCUUUUAGUAAUGACGAUUUAGCAGUUAGUCCUUCAAGUUCAAUUUCAACAGAGCAUGAUCAAUCAUCGAGAAGUUUCAGCAAACAAGAAGAUAAAAAAAAAAUUAAAAAAAAAACUCCAGUAAAAGAUUCCAUUAAAAGAGGUUCAUCAAGUAUAGAUGCUUCAAAAAAUCCAAAAACUAGUAAAAAUAAAAGUGCAAAGACAGACCACCUUGUCAAAACACCUCAGCCAGAUGUAGAAGAUCUAUAUGAAUUUAAGAAUCCACUAUUAGAGAAAGUAAAUAGUAUUAACAAAGAGCUUUGGAUUCCAGGGAAUCGUUCUCUAAUAAUAUUAAAUCUUUCAAGAAAUAAAAUAACAAAUAUUGGUUUGGUUUCUUUACUUGAAGCUAUUAAGUAUCAAGCUGCUAUUGCACAAGAAAUGAAUAAAAAUGUAGCCCUCGGUUUGAUGAGACUUUCUUUACAAGGAAACUCUUUUGAUAACAAUCAUCCUGACUAUUUGCAAUUGCAGCAGUUAAUGAAGACUCGUGAUCCUUUUUAUGUUCAAUCUAAUAGAGAUACUAAAUCAUGAAGUCAUUAAAAUAACAUAAAACCACAAAGUUAAAACAACAUUGAAAUGUUUUUAUAAUCAAAAUCUUUAUUUUAAAAUUGAUAUCAUCUUUAUUUGU